AUGAUGGCGAUGACUUAAGGCUGUGGCACAUACCCACUCACGGGGAUUGGCCAAGAGUCGGGCAGAUUUUUACACAUGUGCUAAGCGAAUAAAUUUAGAGAUCCACGAUUUCGAUGAAAAAGGUAAAGCGAGUAAAAUCCAAAGACGAUUCAGUGAACACUCGUUGCAAUCGAACACAGCUCGCGACGCGUGUCUCGCGCGAGACACAGCUGAGCGCGUGAGAGGGAAAAGGCCCGAAUCGAUGACGAAGAAGACGCAGAAGAAGCCUUGGCGGAUCCCGAACCGCCGCGGGUCAGCCCCGAGUUGCCCGUCUUCGGUGGACGUCCGAGGUCCCCCGAAGAGCCGCCGAAGACUCCGCGCCCUGCGGAGACGACGUCGUCGGCACGCGCGUCGUCUCCCUACUCGUCAGGGCCCCAGAGUCCUCCGCCGAGACCGGAAGGAAGAUCCGGCAGCCGCUGCCCAAUGGAGACCGUCCCGCUAGCCGACCAAUCCUGCCAUCGUGCAGGAAUACUGACAAACGUUGCCGGCGGAGGCGUGUGCCUCUCCCGGUGUCCGCCGUCAGUGACGAUCGUUGUCCAGUCGCUCCCAAAUACAAACGACCCCGUGGUGCUGGCCCCUCCGUGCCAAGCACCUGCCACGUCGACCGCCGAAGAAGGACGUCCGUUACACUCACAACGCAGUCCGAACACUUUCUUGCCUUACGUCAACAGUCAUCCUCUCGUGCUGCCACAGCUGCUGUCGCUCCACGUACCAAGAUCGAAGGUGUCCCACUGCCGCCACGACACGACUGUGGUUCUCCCCUUUCUCGUGUCCACAUUGGCUCUGAACCUGCUGCCCCUACUCGCCUGUGCGCUUCUACGCUACCACAAAAUUGGGUUUCCGCGGGUGUCUGCAUCGCAGCCAACGAAUCGCGGCCGGGACUGCGUCGUUAGCGCCGGGCUGUCCACCGAAGAACAGUCGACUACGCGGCGGGCCGGCAUCACCACUGGUUGCCAACUGAAAACGACAGUUACCUUGUCGCUAUCGAACUGUGGUGAUGACGUCGGCCAGACGGUUGUCGUCCCAAAUCCACGAGAUGUGCGGUCGUCGACCGACAGUGACCUCGUCGACCGUGUGCGACUCCUCGCCUAAUAGCGUAUAAGCUGACUGGGCUAGUUGGUUGAUGACUCGGCAGUUCUCCGCCCUGCCACUGCUGGUGCUCCGCGUGUAGUGGACAAUACGGAGCCAUAGCCUGAGGCUAUGCACGAGCGAACCGGCAGACGAGGCCAAGCGAUUUCAGCACAGCCCUCAGAGCUUGUGGCUUUUUCUUGGCUGCCAAAAACAUUUUUUUUUUUUUUAAGGCGCAAGGAAUGCCGGCUUCCUGCUUGAAGUGGUCGUGACGGCAUCGAGUGUCUGGAGGGGCUGCUUGUGCGCUGCGGUGACUUAACUGUAAAAAAUUGAUGUUCCAUGUCACGCACUGGCGACGUUCUGGCAACGUACAGGUGCGGGCCACUGGCUGAAAAGCGUUUUUUGUUGGUUUUGACUUUGUUUUGUUCUUUUAUAUAGUUGAACGAGCAGCCGCGAAGAAAAGCUUUUUCAUUUCCUGAAUUUUUUUUUCUAAGCACGGAGCUGCAAACCAAUAAAGAGUGUGUGUGUUGCCUUUUC